UUAAUGAGCUCAAUUUAAAGCUGCAGGGCCAGAACAAUUCAGUUGCUGAUUUGAUGACAGCUGUUUGCUCUUUCCAGAGGAAGCUGGACAUUUUCAAAGAUCUCGAAGGAGAGUGUGAACACUUCGCCAAAACUGCAGGAACAGAUUCAGGACUUGAGAAGAUGAGUGAUUUGGGGGAAGAGGAGGACAGAGCAGGGUCUUUAGUGUCCGGCUGCCUGUCUAUGAAGAGUGACCAGUCCAAAGACAUUCCUUUAUUCUUCAGUAAUGAACCUGGACCAUCAGAUAUAAAAGAGAAGAAGAAGAGGUGUCAUGUUUCUGUGGAGGAGCAGAGUUCCUGCUGUGCUUUGUGUCAGGACGUCCUGAAGGAUCCUCUCUCUACCAGCUGUGGACACUGGUUCUGCAGACAGUGCAUCACCUCAUACUGGGACCAGUCUGCUUCAUCAGGAGACUCCUUGUGUCCCCAGUGUGGAAAAAAACCCAGAACAAGAGCUGGACUGCAGACAGCCAGUCAGACCAGUGCUGUACAAGCAGAUGUUUGUCUGCAGGAGGUUUUAGAUGAACACAAGAUCAGUCUGAAGAGGAGAUGUGAAUGUGUGACUGAGGGAACUGAUGAAACAGGAAGUGGAACCCACCACAACAGGAUCUACACUGAGCUCUACAUCACAGAGGGACAGAGUGAAGAGGUUAAUACCCAACAUGAGGUGAGGCAGCUUGAGACAGUUUCCAAGAUGAAGACACUACAUGACAAUCCAAUCAAAUGCCACGACAUCUUUAAAGCCUUACCUGACCAACAGGAACACAUCAGAGUCAUUCUGAAAAAAGGUGUCGCUGGAAUUGGAAAAACCAUCACAGUGCUGAAGUUCACUCUGGACUGGGCAGAGGGUUUGGAAAACCAAGAUGUCAGUCUGGUGAUUCUGCUUUCGUUCAGGGAGCUGAACUUGAUCAAAGAUGAGCAGUACAGUCUUCUCAAGCUGCUCCAUGAUUUCCAUCCAACAUUACAGAAAGUCAAGGCAGAGGACCUCGCUGUCUGUAAAGUUCUGUUCAUCUUUGACGGCCUGGAUGAAAGCAGACUUUCAUUGGAUUUCCACAACAAUGAGGUUGUGUCUGAUGUCACACAGGAGUCAUCAGUCAAUGUGCUGUUGACAAACCUCAUCAAGGGGAAUCUGCUUCCAUUGGCUCUUGUCUGGAUAACUUCCCGACCUGCAGCAGCCAAUCAGAUCCCUCCUGCAUGUGUUGACAGGGUAACAGAAGUAAGAGGCUUCACUGACCCACAGAAAGAGGAGUACUUCAGGAGGAGAGUCAGUGAUGAAGAGCUCUCCAGCAGAAUCAUCUCACACAUCAAGACUUCCAGGAGCCUCCAUAUCAUGUGUCUAAUCCCAGUCUUUUGCUGGAUCACUGCUACAGUUCUGGGUCACAUGUUGACCACAGAGCAAAGAGGAGAGCUGCCCAAGACCCUGACUGAACUGUAUUCACACUUCCUGUUGGUUCAGACAAAGAGGAAGAAGCAGAAGUAUGAUGAGGGACAUGAAACGUGUCCACAGGAGCUGACAGAGGCAGACAGGGACAUUCUCCUGAAGCUGGGGAGGCUGGCGUUUGAACAUCUGGAGAAAGGAAACAUCAUGUUCUACCAGGAAGACCUGGAGCAGUGUGGUCUUGAUGUCACAGAGGCCUUGGUGUACUCAGGAGUUUGUACAGAGAUCUUCAAAAGAGAGAGUGUGAUCUUCCAGAAAUCAGUCUACUGCUUUGUUCAUCUGAGCGUUCAGGAGUUUCUGGCUGCAGUCUACAUGUUCCACUGUUACACCAACAGGAAGACAGAGGUACUGGAGGACUUCCUGGGGAAAGACUGGAACUACAAACACAGAGAUUCAAACUCACAGUGUUUUCUCAAGAAGAUUUCUAAGUAUCUUGAAACAAAUGAAGAUGAGUACUGUGAUUAUAAGAAUUACACUGACUCAUCCCUGGACGUCUUCUUAAGGAAGGUAAUGACCAAAUCACUUGAAAGUAAAAAUGGUCACCUGGACCUGUUUGUUCGCUUCCUUCAUGGCCUGACACUGGAGUCCAACCAGAGACUGUUAGGAGGUCUGCUGGGUCAGACAGACAACAGUUCAAGAAGCAUCAGAAGAGCCAUCAAAAACCUGAAGGAGAUGAGCAGUGAUGAGAUCUCUCCUGACAGAAGCAUCAACAUCUUCCACUGUCUGGUGGAGAUGAACGACCACUCAGUUCAUCAGGAAAUCCAAGAGUUCCUGAAGUCAGAGAACAGAUCAGAGAAGAAACUCUCUGAGAUCCACUGCUCAGCCCUGUCCUACAUGCUGCAGAUGUCAGAGGAGGUUCUGGAUGAGUUGGACCUGAAUAAGUACAACACAACAGAGGAGGGACGACUGAGACUGAUUCCAGCUGUGAGGAACUGCAGAAAGGCUAAACUGUCUCGCUGUGGAAUCUCAGAGACUCACUGUGAAGUUGUGGCCUCAGCUCUGAAGUCCAACCCCUCCCAUCUGAGAGAGUUGGACUUGAGUUACAACACAUUGCAGGAUUCAGCUGUGAACCAGCUAUCUACUGGACUGGGGAAUCCAAACUGUAAACUGGAGACUCUGAGAUUGAGUUACUGCGGUUUGUCAGAGAUCAGCUGUGUUUCCCUGGCCUCAGCCCUGAAGUCCAACCCCUUCCAUCUGACAGAGCUGGAAUUGAGUAACAACAGCAAGCUGCAGGAUUCCGAAGUGAAGCUGCUGUGUGAUUUUCUGGAGAGUCCACACUGCAGACUGAAGACUCUGAGAUUGUGGGGCUGCAGUUUGACGGAGAUAAGCUGUGUUUCUCUGGCCUCAGCUCUGAGGUCCAACCCCUCCCAUCUGAGCAAGCUUCAGCUGAAUAACAACAAGCUGAAGGAUGCAGGAGUGAAGUGGCUGAGUGAUUUUCUGGAGAGUCCACACUGUAGACUGGAGACUCUGAGAUUAAGGGACUGCAGUUUGUCAGAGAUCAGCUGUGUUUAUCUGGCCUCAGCUCUGGAGUCCAACCCCUCUCAUCUGACAGAGCUGGACCUGAGUGGAAACAAGCUGCAGGAUUCAGGAGUGAAGCUGCUGUGUGAUUUUCUGGAGAGUCCACACUGUAGACUGGAGACUGUGAGAUUGAGUGACUGCAGUUUGUCAGAGAUCAGCUGUGAUUCUCUAGCCUCAGCUCUGAAGUCCAACCCCUCCAAUCUGACAAAGCUGGAGCUGAGUAACAAUGACCUCAAGGAUUCAGGAGUGAAGCUGCUGUGUGAUUUUCUACAAAGUCCACACUGUAGACUGGAGGCUCUGAGAUUGAGUUUCUGCAGUUUAUCGGGGAUCAGCUGUGUUUUUCUGACCUCAGCCCUGAAAUCCAACCCCUCCCAUCUGAUAGAGCUGCAGCUGAGUGGAAACAAGCUGAAGGAUUCAGACAUGAAGCUGCUGUCUGAUUUUGUGGAGGGUCCACUGUAUAGACUGGAGACUCUGAGAUGGGAGUGAGAGUUUCAUCCAACAGUGACUGAAAGAGGAAUUGCAACAGCCCUCACUUAUGGAACUAAGAUACAACAGAAAACUGGGCGUACGGUCAGUUCCAUGCAAAGCCUGGCAUUUAUCAGUGUGGACGUGGGUGGAGACUACCAACAAAUCCCAUGUCAGGUCUCAUCUUGUGUACGUCAGUUUAAGUCAGAAUGAACAUGAGUGAGAUAAGCUAUGUUUGAGUUAUGUCUUUAUUGUGUAAAUUAAAGCUUUUAAAAAGACCCAGCACUAUUGGUAAAUUGAACUUAACAUUUUGGAAAAAAAAGGCAGUUUAGAACAGGCCCAAAGUUACCGAUGUAAGGGAGGGGAGGGGAAACUGAACAUACCCUAGUGAAUGAGCGGACAGCCAUGGCAAGCACACCUGCAGACAAGGGGUGGACAGUAGAUAGCUAUGGUAUGCAUAUGAAAACCUUGCCAAACAGUCAGCAUUUCUAUUUCCAGCUCAGAAAAGUUUUUCUUCUUGGCCAUAUUAUGCCUCUUCAUGUUGGAAACUCUCAGGGCGGGGCCUUUAAACCGAGAAUACAUUGUGGCAGGAUCUAUAAAUGACAACUGUCCAUAGCAGUCAGAAUUAUCAACACCCUAUCAUUCCCACACUGUGAUUGGCUGGAUAAAAAUGUUUAAUAAAUCACACGCAAAGCCUGUCGUAAGAUGAUUUCUGUUCUCGGAUCUGUGCUGGUUUGUACGUUAGUUUGAUAAAGGAGGGCUAACAAGUGGAGAUGACUUGGUGCUGCAGUCUGAGCUGCUCUGAGAUCAACUCCACUGAUGUCAAGUCCACCACCAUCCCUAUGUGUUCCUCUGGAUCAGACUGAGUGUCAUCAGCUGCUGCUCUGUCCUUCUGCAAUGACUCUGCAGACACACUGAGACUCCUCCACUCCUCCUGUUCCACACUCAGCCACCUCCUCCACUCUCCACCUCCGGCUGGAUCUUGGUUUAGGUGCUGGUUUUUAUUUAGGUUUUGGUUUCUGAAAGUAUUCUGGAUCAUCCACAGCAGGGGCUUGUUUUGGAAAGGUUUCUGAUUUUUUUUUUAUUUUAUUUUGGUUGUAUUAAAGUUUCAGUUUUAUACCUGUCUUUAUGCUCUGAAACAUGUGACCAUCUGUAUCUGUUAAAACCUGCAGAUUGUUACUGUUAAUGGAACUAAAACUGUCCAUUUACAUUUAAUUCAAAGCUCCGGUGUGUUGGAUUUAGGGGGGAAUAUUGGCAGAAAUAAACAUAAUAUUCAUAA